AACUUCUUCCCCAGCUCCACUCGCUCACCUAUUUGAACUGAAACACACUUUCCGAGAAAGCGCCCCUCACGGAGGACCAACAUGUGGGAAUAUUUCGAGGCUCAAUUCCAUUUUUAAAACUUCCCACGUCGCAUUUUUCCCCCUCCUUUCAUUGGAAGCGUUCCCUGGAGAACAGGAGUUUGUUUUUUUUAAAUAGUUUAUUAAGCUGCGCUACUUUUAUUUAUUCCAUUCUUCUCCAAGUGGGUUUCUCUCUUUGCAUGCAUGCGAUGUCACGGAUUACUAAAAGGAGAAAGAAAUGUUUGAGUUUGUAUCCAGUGUUUCCAAGUGAAAGUGAUUUUUGAGUAUUUUUUUUUUAAAGAAACCAGUUGAGCAACAGGCGACAGGACUCAAUAAUCAAUGUGGUGUCAGCUGGAAGGACGCGGGGUCCGGAUCUCACCUAAACGCUGAUACGUCCUGGGAGUGAUGCACUGGCUUCCCCUGGUUGCCAUGGUGAUCGCCUCGGCCCUGCCCUUCCCUCACAACCCCGCGACCGCGCAGCCCAGCGAGGAUCGUAAGCAAACCUCCACGUCCGAAGUGGAGAACCAGAUAACCUACGAACCGUUCAGCAGUCCGGACGUUCCCGCAGAAGAAGAAGAAGAAGAACCGCUCAGGACCGAGGAAAUUUCCCAGGAAAACUCGCUACCAAAGGACUACAAAGCCAGCAGGAAAGAUGGCGACUCGGACUCGAUGUCGCGCCAUUUUAGGACAGGCGCAGCAGAGGACAGCCCCGCCGUAGAUGUCGGUUUGGGUCUGGAAAUAGACGAAAUGUUUCUGGACGCACAUCCCCGCGUCCUGUUCUCGCCCUCGCCGUCACCACCGGAGCAUCCGCCGCUGCUGCUGAUGUUGGAGAACGGGCUAAUGGAGGACGACAGCGACGGAGACAUAGAGGGUCACGGUGAUCGCGCCGCCGACCGGACCACGCCGACUCCGACAUGGGCGGACUACAACAGGGAGCCCGUCGACGAGGCGUACCGCCCGGUGAAACGGGACAAACGUUCACACCUGAUAGACACCCGCAGGGGGGAGAAGUCCGUGUGCGAGUCGGAAAGCACGUGGGUCAACAACAAAACCACGGCUAUCGACUCGCACGGCGAGCGGGUCACCAUCGUCCCGCAGAUCCAGACAAUGACGGGCGCGCUCAAGCAGUACUUUUACGAGACGCGGUGCCGCCGGCCCGACGGGCAAAGCGGCUCGAGCAGGACGCGGGGAGCGGGCGCGAGGUCCGCGGCGGCCGGCGUCGCCGGGGCCAGCUGCCUCGGCGUGGAUAAAAAACAAUGGCGGAGCGAGUGCAGAGAGAAGCAGUCGUACGUCCGCGCGCUCUCCAAGGACGCCAAGAACAAGAUGGGAUGGCGGUGGAUCCGGAUAGACUCGUCCUGCGUCUGCGUGCUGCUGUCCAGAACAAAUCAGGGGAAGGACGUGAUGACGAGGCGUAGGAGAGUCUAACGCAAGGAAGGAAGACCGUUUGGACGUUCUGUCUCCUUCCUCCAUUUUAUGACUUUUACAAAAAAACAAGAAGACCUCAAUGCUAAAUGAUUUUAGGGAAACUGUUAUAUAGACAGAGGUGG